AAAGGUGGCCACACUUAUCGGAAUCGCAUUCGUAAAUCAAAAAUUAAAAAUAAAUCAAGUAAUAAAACGUGCGCGUGGCCGAUGCGAUAACAGUGAGCCCUGAAUUCCGAUUUCCGAGUCCCGGAAAUUGCUAAACCCACUUUCUUGAGGGUGUUUAUCUGGUGGUUACAGUACAAAACCAUAGGAAGAUGAGCCUGCAGUCGAUCAAGUACUCACGGGGCAGCCUGGAGAUCCUUGACCAGCUCCUUUUGCCCGGCCAAUCCAAAUACGUGGUGGUCCGCGGUGUGGAAGAUGGCUGGAAGGUCAUUAACAAGAUGCAGGUUCGUGGUGCUCCCGCCAUUGCCAUCGUGGGGUGCCUCUCCCUCGCCGUGGAAAUCAACCCGGAGGAGUUUGGAAGUAAGAAAUCUCUGCGCCAGGAGAUCGAGGGCAAGCUUAACUACCUCGUCUCCGCCAGGCCCACAGCAGUCAACAUGAAAAUAGCCGCCGACGAGCUCAUCACACUGGCCAACGAACUCGACAAAGACGAGACUGUCGCCGUUUCCGAAAUGAAGCAAAGAUUCCUGAAAGCCACCGAGGCGAUGUUGGAGAAAGACAUUGCCGACAAUCGGGCGAUUGGAGCACACGGUGCCAAGGCGAUUAUGCAGCGUGUGGCGGAAGCUGGUGGCGCUCCGGCAGCAUCUUCGGGUGCCGUCCGAGUGCUUACCCACUGCAACACCGGUUCACUGGCUACCGCCGGAUACGGAACAGCCUUGGGCGUCGUUCGCCAGCUGGCCGAGUUGGGGAAGUUGGAGCACGUUUACUGCACAGAGACCCGGCCUUAUAAUCAAGGAGCACGCCUCACGGCCUAUGAACUGGUCCAUGAGAAAUUCCCUGCCACUUUGGUUCUGGACAGCAUGGUGGCUGCCCUCCUACGCGCCAAGAAUGUGGCUGCCGUUGUGGUGGGAGCAGAUCGGGUGGCUUCCAAUGGCGACACGGCGAACAAGAUUGGCACCUAUCAGAUUGCAGUGGUGGCCAAGCACCACGGCGUGCCAUUUUAUGUGGCUGCCCCGCUUACCUCCAUCGAUCUGGCCAUCCCCAGCGGCGAUCACAUCAUCAUCGAGGAGCGGCCCGACCGAGAAAUGACUCACGUGGGAGAGCACCGGAUUGCUGCGCCGGGCAUUAACUGCUGGAACCCCGCUUUCGAUGUGACACCUGCAUCACUGAUCACCGGCAUCAUCACGGAACGCGGUGUGUUCAAGCCGGCGGAACUGAAAGAGGCCAUCACGAAGCUGCUUGAGUCGUAACAGGCGCACAGAAGUUGUUGUUUACGAAUGCACUCCAUACCCAAAAAACAAAAACCGCGAAACAGAAAAAGAAAAAGAACAAGAGCACUCACGCGCGCUCGGAAUAGGCAUUUUGCCAGCUGAGUUUUGUAUACAAAUGUGUUCCCGCCUACCGAGCAGAUGUGGGUCGAUCCGCUGGGAAGCACAACGCACAAUAUACCUCCUACAUAUGUAGCCCCA